GCAGCAGGUGGCUAAACCACUGAGCUAAAUCCCCGGCCCCCUAUGCUGGUUUCUUUAUCCUUUACUUUUGUGAAGCCACAUGGAAGGAAAAAGCACGUUAACUCGUCUCCCUCGCCACAGCGCGUCUGCAGGCCGGAGCGGAAGUGAGGCGGCGUCGCGGCCGGAAGUGCGGCUGCGCCCGGUCCGGCGGAGGGAGCCGGAAGAGUCGCUUCACGGCGCCUUGGUCUACCGCUUAGGGCUAGCGGGGAUUUCCGCUCCCCGCCCCCUCGCGUUUGCUCGGUCAUGGAGGCAGAGGAGGUGGUACAGAUCCGCCUGGAGGGACGCUGCUACCCGGUGAGCAAGAGGAAGCUGCUGGAGCAGAGCGACUACUUCCGCGCGCUGUACCGCUCCGGCAUGCGCGAGGCGCGGGGCGCGGAGGCCGGCGGCCCCGAGGUGCAGCAGCUACGCGGCCUGAGCGCGCCCGGCUUGCGCCUGGUGCUGGACUUCAUCGACGCUGGCGGUGCGCGUGAGGACGGGCUGCUGGGUGCGGUGCCGGGCGAGGAGGAUGCGGACGAGGCGGGCGUGUUGUCUGGGCUGGUGGAGGCCGCCUCCUUCCUGCAAGUCACGGCGCUGCUGCGGCUGCUGCUGUACCAGGUGCGGCUCGGCAACUGCCUGGAGCUGCACCGCCUGGCGCAGGUGCACGGGCUGCCCGACCUGCAGGAGGCCUGUCUGCGCUUCAUGGGCGCCCACUUCCACCAGGUGCUGCACCAGCCCCACUUCCCCCUCCUGGCGUCGGGGGACCCCGGCCUGCAGCAGAGGCUGAGGGAGGCCCGCAUGACGGGUACACCGGUCCUAGUGGCCCUGGGGGAUUUCCUGGGGGGGCCGCUGGCGCCGCAUCCCUACCAAGGGGAGCCCCCGUCCAUGCUCAGAUACAACGAGACGACGGAGCGCUGGUUCCCCCUGGCCAGCAACCUUCCCCCCGACCUGGUGAACGUCAGGGGCUACGGGGCCGCCGUCCUGGACAAUUACCUCUUCAUCGUGGGCGGAUACAGGAUCAGCAGCCAGGAGAUCGCUGCUGCGCACUCCUACAACCCCAGCACCAAUGAGUGGCUGCAGGUGGCCUCCAUGAACCAGAAGAGGUCUAACUUCAAACUCGUGGCUGUUAAAUCAAAACUCUACGCCAUUGGUGGGCAGGCUGUUUCUAAUGUUGAGUGUUACAAUCCUGAGCAGGAUUCAUGGAAUUUUGUGGCACCAUUACCAAAUCCUCUUGCUGAAUUCUCUGCGUGUGAGUGUAAGGGGAAGAUUUAUGUCAUUGGAGGAUAUACUACCCGAGACCGUAACAUGAACAUUUUGCAGUACUGCCCCACGUCUGACAUCUGGAUGCUGUUUGAAACCUGUGAUGUCCAUAUUCGGAAGCAGCAGAUGGUGUCUGUGGAAGAGACCAUCUACAUUGUGGGUGGGUGUCUGCACGAACUUGGGUCCAACCGAAGAAGCAGCCAGAGUGAGGACAUGCUCACCGUGCAGUCCUACAACACGGUCACGCGGCAGUGGCUCUACCUCAAGGAGAACACAUCCAAGUCAGGUCUCAACCUGACCUGCGCACUCCAUAAUGAUGGCAUCUACAUCAUGAGCAGAGAUGUCACUCUCUCGACCAGCUUGGAGCAUCGUGUUUUCCUUAAGUACAAUAUUUUUUCAGACAGCUGGGAAGCAUUUCGGCGUUUCCCAGCCUUUGGACAUAACUUGCUGGUUUCUUCUCUUUAUCUGCCUAAUAAAACAGAAACAUGACUAUAUUGAUCUAGUUUUUUUCAGAAAACCUGGUUCAAGAUGUACACACACAUACACAUCACACACAUACACAAGGGAGACUGAAUUUUAAAGGGAAAAUGUAUGUUAAAGUAGUCACAUAUAUACCAGUGGCAGCUGUAAUAAGCUUACUCAAACUAAUUACUUGAAAAGUUGUGAAAAAAAGAGACUAGAAGUGUAUUAUGUUUUAAAUUACUGAUUUUUAAAUUACAGGAGCAAAUCCUUGGUAUGUUUUCAUCAAAACACGAUACUAGGUCCAGUAACUGAAAUGAAUCAUUAAAAACUAGCUUAGUAAAGGACUAAUUGAUGUGAAUGGCAAAAAUGGUUUUUAAACCUAACUUAAUUUAGAUCUAGAUUAAUUUAGAUUUAGGUUACUUGAAAUAGGAUUAAUAUUUUGGUUUGUUUUUUUGGUACCAGGGAUUGAACUCGGGUCCUUGCACUUGUGCAGCAGGCAGCGAAACCACUGAGCUAAAUCCCUGGCCCAGGAUUAAUAUUUUAAGUGAGAGGUUCUCUUUUCUGUUUAUUGUUUACUUGACAAACAUAUUAAUGUUAAUGACAAACAUAUUAAUACUAAUGUUGCCAUUCUCUCUCCCCUCGUCCUAUCCACAGAUAUUUCCAACAUGUUUAUAGAAGGGUUCUGUGUUCAAAUAUUUAUUCAUGCACUACUUUGCAGGAAACCUACAAUAAUGAAAUGUUAGAAUGGAUCCCUGAAUGCAUUCAUUCCCACCACAACUAGCAUAAAAUUAUUCCCAGCUAUUUUUCCAAUUAUGGAUGCUGAAUAAACAGACUGAUAAAACCUCUUACUUCAUAUGUGGCAAAUUGGAAAUUAUAUGGUUCACAAAACAUUGCAUUCCCAGACAUUGUAUAUUUUAAAGGUGUAAAAGGAUGGAUAGGUACAUGUUUUUUUAAACUUGAAAAGGAAAGGAUAUACCAUAUAAGAAAAAUAAUUUGCCUUUAAGAGUUCCUUUAUUGAAUGUAUUUGACUUUUGUUUAAAGAUUGAAACAAAACUUUAUCAUAUUUAAAUUGGUAUGCUUUCUAAUUUAAUCUUAGCUUUGUAAUUCAUGUUUUGCUUUUGUGGACUAAGAUGAGGAUGGCUUUAAAGCAUUUGUGCUGGAAAGAGAGGAGAAGAAGUUCUUCUAGAAGUGGACUUUUCUCUGUUGGUCUUCCUAAAGUUAGGUAAAGUGCUGAGUUGCCUUGGGUGGGAAUGUAGUUCACACAGCGCUAUUAGUGAAAUAGCUCCAGGAAUUCCACUAAGCCAGUUAACAGUGGGUAAAACAUCUGCCAAUCAUAGAAUGGUGUUUUUCAGAAACAUGCACCUAGGCUGGGGUGUAGCUCUGUGGUAGAACACAUGCAUACAGGAGGGCCUGGGUUCAAUCCCCAGGACCAAAAAACAAAACAAAUUAGAAAAAUUUUAUUUUGCUUAAAUACUUUCUGAGAUUAUCUGGUAAUUUGUAAUAGAGAAUCUAUUGACUUGCUAGCCAAAGGCCAUUGCUCUGCACAAAUAGCAGCCAGAACUGUAUUAGAGCAGGCUGUAAUUUUAGUUAAAGCAUGCCUUGCUUUAAGAAAGCUCUGUAGAAAAAAAUGGUCAUAGUAAAUUCACAUAUUCCACAGUUAUGCUGUGUAGUAUGCAGAUGUGAUGCAUAGGAGCUAAAAACAGAGUUUUUCAUUUACGAAGUCACUACAGGAUUUUUUUUUUUUUUAACAACCAUGGCCUCUAGUAUAUUUAAAAGAAGAAACUAAUUAUAAAAACAUUUUUGCAUGACUUUUCAGGAGCACUUCUAUUAGGUUAAUGUGAGUAAGCCUAUAUUUUGGACAUGGAGAGGGGUCUUUGUAUCUUGUUACCAAAUAAUUCUUGUGUGUGUGGAAAUGCUUUUUGUUUUGUUUUGGAGACAGCGUCUUGCUGUGUAGUCCAGGCUGGCCUUGAACUCAUAGUAACCCUUCUGCCUCAAGUGCUUGGAUUAUAGACGUGUGCCACCAUGCCUGGCAUUACCAAAAUAAUUCUAUCAGUCUAUUUAUAAUGGUGUUUUAAAGUCAAUCUCUUUUUGUCUCUGUGUCUUUCUGUCUCUCUCUUAAGGACUAUUGUAAUUCAGUCUGGCCUCACACUCUUAAUCCUCCUGUUUCAGCCUCUUGAGUGCUGGGAUUACAGGUAUGCAGCACCACAUCUAUCUCCAUUUAAGGGCUUCUAAAUCAUACCCAUUCAUUCUCAAAUUCUAAGCAUUUUUCCUUCUUUUGGUACCGGGGAUUGAACUCAGGACCUUGUGCUGGUGAGGCAGGCAUGGUGCCACUGAGCUAAAUCCCCAGCUGAGCAUUUUUCUUUUAAGAAAAAAAUUUGAGUUGAAAUAUUCCUGGGAAUGGUAAAUAAUAGAUUUUUUAAUAUUCAUUGUAGAAUUGGAUUUCCAGUGCGCUGUAGUUUUAUUAUACACAUUUAAAAAUUGAAUUUGUCAAGGCUAGGGAUUUGGCUCAUUGACAGUGUUCCUGCCUCGCAAGCACAAGGUCCUGAGUUCCAUCCUGAUACUGAAAGAAAAAAUUUGAAUUUGUUUUUGUUUUUAUAGAGCUUGAUUUUUUCAAGGCUUAAACUGAUAUAUUCAGAAUACUGUAGCCAACUGAAUUAGUACUGGACAAACAAUUGGAGAUUAGUUUAUAAAUAACCAGAUCAUAUAAAGUAUGCUGGCAACCAAUUAGUUCUCUUUCUGAUUACAUUAUUUGAGCCAACAGGCUCAAAUAAUACUGAUGAUUAAACUCUUAGACCAAGUGAAGUAUACUCAUCCACAGAGCUCUCUAACACACCAGGUUUUAUGUGUAUGUAUAUGUGCACGUGAAUGUUAUGUUUGCUUGUAUACUGUCGCCUCUUUAAGAGAUGGACUCCUACCAACUAAGACUUUGUUAUUCUUGGCUGCCAGCAGUGCUUGGGAAGGUAGAAUGUGUAAUAGCAGAUCUGUGGAUUUUAUGACAUCACUUUUCCAGUGUGCACAUCAGCUGUGUUAACACCUUGAGGGGAGUUUUAACAGCUCUGUGCUUAUUGGUGCCACUGUUUUGUUAAGGAGUACUUAGAAUGAAGGCAUUGUUUCUUUGAAAAUCUGCCCUCAUCCUCUAGGACUAUCCUUUAUUCUUUGAGAAUACUUCUUUUUUCCCCAUUCAUUGCUUUUCCACAGUUUUUCUUUUUGAGAUGGUUCUGAAGGGCACCGACUUCCCACUGUUGCUGGGAGAUGGCUGGGAUGAUCCCUGGUGGGGCUUCCUGGCUGGGAGCAGCUUGCCCUACAGAGGACAGUCUGGGUGAUGGAGAGUGAGUCCCAAGUGGUUGGACAAGGAGAUGAUGGUUUCGUUUGUCUGUCACUCUUUCUGCCUUUCCUCUCAGCACCCUUAGAGGCCUCUCCCCUUAGCAUCCUUUAAAAGGUUUUAUUAUGAAUGUGUAAGAGCGGAUUACUUCAACAAUGUUGGUUAAGUUAUAAUAAAGUAUUUAGAAGGUGAUGGAUACUAGUAUGAGGCAAACAAAAGGAUUAAAAUAAAGCAUGAAAACCAAAGAAAAUUAAACUGACAUUUUAAAAAAACCAAGGUUCCAAGUAAUUCCAAGUGCCUUAGCUAUCAAAGCUAUACUGAAGUAUAUAGUAUAGUGCUUUUUCUCUAAAGCAUUCUCUACAGAGAAUGAAGUAAAUGUUUUCUUUCAGUGAAGUUGUUUAUGGAGCACAGAGUAUGCAUUGUUUUCAGAUUUCCAGAGAAGGUAGGACCCUACCUUAGAGGUAACUGGAGAAGAAAGGCCUUGGUCCUUUUAUUUAUUUAUUUAUUUAUUUUGGUACCGGGUAUCAAACUCAGGACCUUGUGCUUGCCAGGCAGGGCCUUGGUCUUUUUUAUCAACCAGCACUUAAUGAGCAGUGCUUGAUGAUACAGUUCACUUAAGAAGCAGUGAUCAAGGGAAGAUGGGUGAGUGUCAGAUGCCUUCUUCCUAGACCAGGGACAGGAAUAUAGGAUUUAAGUGCAUUAUGAAGUGCUUGCACUUUGUGCCAGGGUUGGAUCUCAGAAUCUAUGUCAAAUCAAUGCUUCCAGACACCCUUUACUAGUCUCUCAGAGCGGAAUGAAGCCUAUUUUCCAUCCAUAUCUUAGAUGUAAGGGUGAAGGAAUUAAGUGAGUAGAUCUCUCUCAAAAUGGCUUUAAAAGUAGUGAGCUGAUUCAGCCCAAUUUCCUGGCUAUGAGAAAUACGUAUUUGGAAUGUCUGUCAGUAGAGGACAGUGUUAAGAACUGGGAACACAGGCAUAAAUAAGGUGCAGCUUCCGACCUUGAGUUUACAGCCUUGAAGCAAUGUCCACUUGAAUUGUCUCAAGCAGGCUUCCUUUCCAGAGUUGCCCAUUCUCAUCAGGCACAUUGAACUCUGGUCUGGCAGCCCCUCAGGUUUCACUGAACCUGUCCUUUGCUCCAUGAUUUCAUAGUAAUCACAAAACAGUUUUUCUUUAAAUUUGAAUAUACCAUAUGUUUUAGUUUUUUUACUGUGUACUUUUUUAAAUUACAUUUUUGAUCUCCAUACUUCAUUUUUGUGAAACACUAAAAUUAUGUGAUCUGCUUUAUUUACACAUAUUCACUGAGCACUGCAGGCUUUACUGCUGAGGGGUCAGCAUCCUGAUCUUGUGAAAGGAGUGACAGCAGGAAGUAAGAAUUUGGACUGAGGCAAACUGAGUGCAUGUGUGUUUAAACCUAUGCUUUUAAACACUUUCAUGAUCGCUUCUCGGCCUUUUGGCUAAGAUCAAGUGUAAACACUUUCAUGAAAAGUAUUAGUAAGAAUUGUUCACUCAGACGCCAGUCCCCACUAAAAUGAGUUGAUUUUGCUUUUUUGAUAAUUACCAAAUGGUAGUUUUCCAUCUGUAUGUUUUAUUCACAAAAGAGUGUUUUUCCCUUUCCUGUGUUAACUUAGGAACAUCCUCUGAAACACACACACAUACACACACACACGCUAAUGACUGUAUUUGACAUAACCAUCAUUAUCCAUUCCUACAGGAUCCAGACUAUGCAUAAUAGAUGGCCAAUUUGAAGAGCAAAAGGGUGCUGAAAUAGCUUUUGUAGGGUUGGCUAGUGCCUUAUCAGUUGAUUGGCAUAGUUUAUUAUUGAUAAAAGUAAUGUGUGAUUUGGAUUAUUGUGUCACUUAAAAUCUUCAGAGUAGGGGCACUUUAUAGCUGGCCCUACAAUGUUCUAUGUAGUAGUCAUUUGAGGGUUGUAGAAUGUAUAGUUGUAUUUUGUUGGAGUCUUUGUUAAAAGGGUCCUAUUAAGGCCUCAAUUUCAAGUGUGGCUUAAAAAAUGUGAGCAUUGUGCCAUGAUUCACUGAAAUGUAAUGAUGCCUAUGAAGCACUCACUACAACAACAUUCACUCUAUAACUAGAGCUAUGGAAGAAAAUUUCUUCAAAUAAAAUAGUUCUAAAUCUG